AUGGCCAAGCUCCCAAGGCAUGGGAUGAGGACAGCAGACAACUCCCGGUGGAACACCGUGAGCGAGGCGGAGCCUGCCGAGAAAUACCUGGAGCUGGAGCAGAUUGGCCAAGGGGCUUUCGGAACCGUUUACAAAGGACUGGACAGGGCCACUGGAGGAGAGGUGGCUAUAAAGAAAAUGAGUCUCCGAGGGCAGAACAGGGAACGAGCUGUGAAUGAGAUCCUGCUUUUGAAGGACAAGAAGAACCCCAACAUUGUCAACUCUUUGGACAGCUUCCUUGUUGAUGGAGAGCUGUGGCUGGUGAUGGAAUACAUGGAUGGAGGAACUUUGCAGGACGUUGUCAGACAGACACGCAUGGCUGAAGGAGAGAUGGCAGCUGUCAGUCGGGAGUGUCUGCAGGGCCUGGAUUUCCUCCAUUCCAACCGGGUGAUGCACAGGGAUCUGAAGAGCUCCAACAUCCUCCUGGGAAUGGACGGCUCUGUCAGGCUGGCUGAUUUUGGCCUCUGUGCUCAGCUCAGCCCUGAGCAGGACCGGCGCAGCUCCAUGGUGGGCACUGCUCACUGGAUGGCCCCAGAAGUUGUGACCAGAUCUCCUUAUGGCCCCAAGGUGGACAUCUGGGCCUUUGGCAUUGUGACCAUCGAGAUGGUGGAAGGAGAACCUCCUUACUUCAGGGAAACGGGGGCCAUGGCUCGCGCUCUGAUCCGGCAGAACGGGACCCCGCAGCUGCAGGAGCCCCGGCGCCUGUCGGCUCUGCUGCGGGACUUCCUCGAGUGCAGCCUGGAGCCGGACGAGGAGCGGCGCUGGGCUGCCCAGGAGCUGCUGCAGCACCCAUUUUUGUCAUCAGCCAAGCCUCUCUCCAGCCUGACCCCUCUGAUCACUGCAGCGAAGCAACUGAGGGAGCAGCGGAGGAGAUGAAGCACUUGAGGACAGCCUUUAGUUACAGUAGUUAGGACAACUAGUUAGUUUUGGUAGUUAGCUCUGAUAGUUAUGGUAGUUAGUACUGUUAGUUGGUUAUGGUAGUUUGCACAAUCUGUUUGUUAUGGUUCUUGUUGGUUAUGGCAGUUUUUGGAAUAAAAACUCUCUCAAACCUCGA